GCGCCCCGACCUGCAUUACUACGCCCAACCAAACUUUCGCAAUGGCUACAAUUGAGGCAGCGCUGAAAGUUCAGGAACGUCUGCAAGCUGCGACGGCGGAGUACCAGAGGCUGCAAGCAGAACUCGCGACGGCCGUGGAAGCGCGUCAGAAACUCGAUGCCCAGCUCUCAGAGAAUGAGCUGGUCAAGAAGGAAUUUGCUUCGCUAACGCCGUAUAACACGGUGUAUAAGCUCGUGGGCCCCGUGCUCGUUGCGCAGGAUCAGGCGGAGGCCAAGAGCAACGUGGACAAGCGGUUAGAUUUCAUCAAGAGCGACAUUAAGCGUGUGGAAGCGCAACUCAAAGACAUCGAGGACAAGUCCGAGAAGCAGAAGCUCGAGAUUGUGGAAGCUCAGACAGCAUUGCAGCAGAUACAAGAGAAUCUUCAGAAGUCUGGUGCCUCGCUAGUCGCAGCAUAAAUGAAAAUUAGUGGCAAACAGCGUUCAAUAUCUGUUUCCUCUGGGCUCCGUGUGGCGCAUGCCUGAAGGCUGACGGUUGUUCGCGCGAUGGAAUGCAGAGGCAGUGCGAAGUGUGUAGGUGGCAGAUGGUGGUGAUACGCGCAGGAUUGUUGAUUGAGUGCGACAUUCUGAGGGAAUUUGCGAAUCGACGACAGAACUCAUGACUGUCCGGCCGGCUGUGCUGCACAACUGACCGGACAAUUAUGAUCG